UUAUAAGUGUGAUAGUAUUAUAUGUCUUAAAGUGUUAAAUCCGGCAGUUCGUUUCCAUAAAAAUUAUCUUAAAAGUAUUGAAUCAUGUUAGCGAAAUCAAUUUUUUAUUUAUUUAUUUUUAAACUACUAUUUUUAAUCGUAAUCAGUGAUGAAAUCGUUCCAAAAGUUCGUAUUGCUCAGGGUGAAAUGCAAGGGAAAGUAAUGACAAAUCUUUUAGGGGGUGAAUUUUUUGGAUUUCAAGGUAUACCAUACGCGAAACCGCCAAUUGGUAGCUUAAGAUUUAAGUCGCCGGAACCUGCGGAACCAUGGACGGGAAUAUUAAAUGCGACACAAGAAGGUGCAGAUUGUUUUCAAAUGACUUUAUUUCCCGAAGGAUAUUUUAAGGGUAGUGAAGAUUGUUUGUUCAUAAAUGUUUACACGCCUAAACUUCCUGAAACACCCAACGACUCAUUGAAACCAGUUAUGGUGUUACUCCACGGUGGUGGCUACAUUUUUGGAAACGGAGGGACGACAUUAUAUGGACCUGAGUUCUUGUUGACUCAAGAUAUCGUUUAUGUUGGUUUCAAUUAUCGACUUAAUGUUUUUGGAUUUUUAAGUUUUGAAGAUCCCACAAUUGGUGUACCCGGUAAUGCUGGAUUAAAAGAUAUGGUACAAGCCUUAAAAUGGGUUCAGGCGAACAUUGCAAGCUUUGGUGGUGAUCCAAAUAAAGUCACUAUAUUUGGAGAAAGCGCAGGCGGUGCAUCUGUUGCUUUCAUGUUAUUAUCACCAUCGGCAAAAGGACUAUUUCAUCGUGCAAUUUCACAGAGCGGUGUUGCAACAGUACCAUGGGUGUUGAACGAUCGACAAUAUCAAUUUUUAGCAGAAAAUUUAAAGUAUCCGGGUAAAAAUUUGUCUGAUCAACAAAGUAUAUUCGAAUUUUUAAAUAACACAUCAACCGAAGAAUUGAUUAGGGCACAACUUGCGUUAGAUGACCAUCCUUCUCGAUCCAUGGGACAAUAUGGACAAGUAGGACCAGUAGUUGAAAAUCCCGAAUCAAAUCCUGAUGCUUUUUUAACAGAUCAUCCAGAAACAAUCUUAAAAUCAGGUCCUAUUAAUCAAGUACCAUAUAUUCUGGGUUUUCUCCGAGAUGAAGGUGCUUUAUUCUUAUUGUAUACGAAAUUUAUUGAACCUAAUUUUACUGAUUCGAAUUUAUUGGUACCAAAAUUUAUUAAUGUUACACGUGGCACACCGGAAAAUAAAGAAAUUGGCGAUAAAAUUAAACAAUUUUAUUAUGGUGAUACAACGCCCAGUUAUGAAAAUAUUAAACCAUUUAUUGAGAUGACUACAGACAUUGCAUUUUCACAUAAAAUUGUUCAAACAGCAAAACGUCUUUUGGAAAGAAUGACGGACCCAAUAUAUUUUUAUUACUUUCAAUAUAAAACUGAUAUGAAUUAUAUGUCCGAAAUAAUUCCAUUUCCAGUUGACAUUCCAUACCCAGUUGUUGUGCAUGCAGAUGAUAAUGGGUACUUGUUUCCAUUCUCGUAUGGUCCAAUUGAUGUUGAACCAGAUUCAGUGGAAAUGCGAGGUAUCCAUCGUAUGGUGAAAUUUUGGACAAAUUUUGCUCGUACUGGUAAUCCAAACACAAUGGAUAAUGAUCCACUGUUAGAUGUUAAGUGGCCAGCAGCACGUUUAGAUCAUUUUAAUUAUUUAAAUCUUCAAGACAAUUUAACGGUUGAGCCGUUAUCGAAUUUGAUACCAGAACGAUUAGCAUUUUGGAAUGCUUUAGAUAAGUAACAUAAUUAAUCGUAUCCAAGAUUUUUGCAUUUACAAAUAGCCAUAAUAGGGAAUAUUCAUGAAAUUUAAA